AUGGCAGAUCAACUCACCGAGGAGCAAAUUGCUGAAUUCAAAGAGGCGUUCUCGCUGUUCGACAAAGACGAAGCUGAGUUGCAAGACAUGAUCAAUGAGGUGGACGCGGACGGAAACGGAACAAUCGAUUUCCCCGAGCUCCUCACGAUGAUGGCUCGUAAGAUGAAGGAUACUGAUUCGGAGGAAGAGAUUCGCGAAGCCUUCAGGGUUUUCGACAAGGACGGCAACGGUUUCAUCUCAGCGGCCGAGUUGCGCCACGUGAUGACCAACCUUGGUGAAAAACUCACCGACGAGGAAGUUGAUGAGAUGAUUCGUAAGACUGACAUUGAUGGAGAUGGCCAAGUCAACUAUGAAGAGUUCGUGACGAUGAUGACAACAAAG